AUGGCUGACGAGUUAUACCUAAUGGCUCAUGAAAUAAAGCUGAAUGAUAUUGAUGAAUUUAUGAAAUUAUUUGGUAAUAGGAAUGAACAACAAAUAUUAGAAAAACAUAAAAAUGAAUUAAAAAUUUUAAAUGAAAAAAAUAAUGUAGUAGGACAAUCAAUUAGAAUGAAUAAUGAGAUUAGUGAUAUUCGAGAAAAACUUGAUUAUUGUUCAAGAGUAUCUGAAAUUGGUUAA